AUGGCAACUACGAAUAAAAAAUUACAAAAGAUUAUGACCCAGCCAAUAAACCAAAUAUUUCGGUUUUUCACGAAUCAAACGGUUGUACAGAUUUGGCUAUAUGAUAAACCCCAUACUAGAAUUGAAGGAAAAAUUCUUGGCUUUGACGAAUACAUGAACAUGGUUUUAGAUGAGUCAAAAGAAAUUUCCGUUAAAAAAAAUACAAAAAAAGAAUUGGGGAAAAUUUUAUUAAAAGGGGAUACUAUAACCCUUAUUAUGGAAGCAAAAAAAGAUGAAGCGGAAUAA